UCACUGAUACGGGCCGAUACAAGCCCGUUCAUCGGCUCAAGAGAGAAAUCUUCCGAAGGGCGAAUUCGACGUUCGCAUCAACUUUCCCGUUCACUCCGGUCGGAUUUUCAUCAGGCGCCGAUCGACUUCCGACGCUACGCAGGCGUGCAAAGAUUUGAUUUUGCACUCGAAGAAGUCGAGGUCGAUGGAACUCACGAAGCGUCCGCAGUAGACGGUGAAGCGGGCUUCGAUUCUCCGGAGGAAUCGACCGCCGUCUGCUCAUCGGCCAUGCUACGAGCAGCGUCUUCUCCUGCGAGAGCCGCGGUCCGGGGAUUCUCUAAUUCUCUGAUCCGCAGGGAUUCUUUUGUCUGCUCUAGUUUCCUUGCUCAGCAUGUUUCAAAUAUUUCAUCAUUGCCUAAAGAUCAUAGAUUUGUAAGGUCAUGUGCUUACAUCAGGGAGAGCUGCAAAACAGUGAGGCUUCUCCAAGAACAAAUUUUCUUUUCCUUUUCAGUACAUCCUCUGCAAGCGUGGAGAUUGAGUACUCAUGAAGGUUGUGUCAUUGCUGACCAACUGCUACAUGCUAGACAUGUGAGCACUGCAUCAUUUGAAUUGCAGACAGAUAAUGAUGUUGUCAGGUUUUCUAUAAAUAAGCCUCUGCACAAAAAUGGCUCCCCAACAAAAGUGAAGAAACGGAUAAAAAAGUCAAAAAAGGCAAAAGUGAACGAACUCCGGUUCUAUCGGCUAAAGGCCAAGAAGAAGAUGAACUCUCCAAAUCCUGAAGUCAGGAUCAGAUAUAAACUUGAAAAGGCCAAGAGAAAGGAAGAAUGGUUGAUUGAAAAGUUGAGGAAUUUCGAGGUUCCCAAAGCACCAGCUGAAAGAUAUGAUCCUGAGAUUUUAACUGAGGAAGAGAAGCAUUACUUGAAGCGUACAGGGGAGAAAAAGAAAAAUUAUGUUCCUGUUGGAAGACGCGGAGUAUUUGGAGGUGUAGUUCUAAACAUGCAUCUACAUUGGAAAAAGCAUGAAACUGUAAAGGUUAUAUGCAAACCUUGUCGGCCAGGUCAGAUUCAUGAAUAUGCUGAUGAACUUACACGGCUAAGCAAAGGAAUUGCGAUUGACAUAAAGCCUGAUAAUACAAUAAUCUUCUACCGAGGGAAGAACUAUGUGCAGCCAAAGGUUAUGUCACCUCCAGAUACGCUUUCUAAAGAAAAGGCCUUGGAAAAGUAUAAGUUUGAGCAAUCGCUUGAGCACACAAGUCAGUUCAUUGAGAGGCUGGAGAAAGAGCUCGAGGAGUAUCAUGAUCACCUUUUGAGGUUCAAGAAAGAGAAAGAAGGUGCUCUUGUCCAUUCUGGGGCUCAAAAUUGAUGCAUAUGAGUUGGAUGGUAUUUGUCUAUUCUUUCAGAGCCUGAGGUUGUUUCAUGUAUGCUUCCGCAGAAGGCAAGUUUCAUGGUGGUCUCAGCUCCCAGCUUGGGCAGUUUUGGAAGCACUUUACUGUGCUGAACUGGUCAAUGUGAAAUGCCCUAGUCCAUGCCAUUGGCAGUUUGGAUUCUAUGAGAAGAAAUGAGUAAAGCUAGUCUGCUGCAUUUUAAUCAGUAAAGGAAGGGAUGGGGAGAGAGGGUGGGAGGGAGAGGCGAAGAGGCAGAAGUUUUCCAGUGCUAGGCUUGAGAAAAAGCAAAUUACAUACACUGGAAAUUUUGGUACCCGUUUGAUAUACUCUAGUUCGCAAGCUUUGGCAGUAAAAGCAUCCCUAUGGGCUCUGCAAUUUUUUGUGAGAGGAAAUUCUUGAUAUAAAUUCCAUUUGUCUUCGUAUUUUUCUUGUCCAUUGCAAAACCCACUUUCCUGUAUUCUCUUUUGUUCUCAUAAAAAGAAAAAGAAGAAUCUUUGCUCCUCCACAGUUUAGUAGUUUUAUGUUGUUCUUCCGGUUGUUUUCAAAUAAGGAGCAGUUGAUUCCUUGUAAGAGGUGGCAAGAGUGGGUGCUGGCAAUUUGUAUAAUUUCCUUUUCUCAGAAUAUGCUGCUGUGUAAGUUCUUAAUCGCUGCCGUUCUGUCGGAGUGUUGCCUCCACAAAUGCUUCGAGACUGUAAGGAAUACUGCAAUAGGAGAUUGAGAAAAUAAGAACUUAUGGUGCAUAGAUAUAACAAGUGUUAGCUGACAUCAUAAGUUGUUACAGCAAUGCACUGUAUUCAAAAUUCUCGCCCCAGGAUUCAGGUGGAAGUUUUGGCUUACUGAUCUGUAGGAGCAUCAUGGCAUGUUGUUUAAAGGCAAAUAUUUUUUGAAAUAUCUGCUGAGAAGGCCAGGAAGAAUAAUUGCAUUAGGGAAGCUUUUUAAAGAAGCCAUUUUUCUUGUAUGAUUUAUAAGCCCCAGGUUUGACAUCAGAAAGUGCUGUGAGCAACUUUGGAGAGAAUAAGAUGCUUUUUGUACUUGUCUACGGACACAAUUGUUAGACAUUAUGAAGUCACCAGUAAAGUGAACAAUCAUGAAAGGAGGAAACAUAAGGUCAAUACUGGAGUGAAGGAUUUGUUCCUCCCGAUAUUCUUCCACUUUGGACGUAGCUCUUGCUUCCUUCUUCUCUACUUCUCUUUCUGCAAGCCAGACAGGAAAAUGGUGACGUAAUGGCAUAUCACAUCCACUUUGUCCUAUAAAAUGCUUUUCUCUGUAUGUCUGCAGCAACAGAAAAGAUAUAAUUCUCGAAAGUAACAAACAAAUGAGCAGGAAUCCGAUGAAAAGCUCAAGGCAGUAUGAGGCUGAGUGCCGAUACUUGUAUUCAUAUUUUUCUGGAAACGGUGGAAGCGAGGGACAGAAGCUUGUGGAGAUAUUUUCCCGGAGGUCACAAGAACUCAAGGCCAUUUGCCAGACCUACAGUGUUCUAUAUGGCCAUGAUCUUCUUCGUGUCAUCUCGAGCAAUCAAAAGAGCAGUGCAUUUAAUAGAUUGGCUUAUCUGCGCGUGAGUGAUCCUCAGAGCCGUGAUGCUGAGAUUCUUAGAAAAUUACUUGUGGCGGGAAGCAUCAAUCUGGGCACAGUGAUUGAGAUAACAUGCACCCGUUCUUCGUCAGAGCUGCAUUACAUUAAGCAGCAAUACCAAUCUCGAUAUCAAUCUGAUCUUGAACGAGACAUCUCCAUGAAAGUCAGCGGCGGAUUCAAGGAGAUACUAGCUGCAGUAUGCAAGUCAUGUCGCAACCACGCCCACAAAGCGGACACGAGCCUGGCCUUCUGUGAUGCUAAGACUCUGUAUGAAUCUGUGGAGAGUGGGAGGACCAUUGAUCAGAAGACCAUCAUCUCACUCCUGAGCCAGCGGAACACAUCCCAAGUGAAAGCCAUUCUACUUUCCUACAAGCAGCUUUACGGACACGAAUUCUCCAAGCUGAUCAAGCAAAGCAAGUGUGGCCAAUUUGGACGGGAUCUUCGCAUAGUCAUCAGAUGCAUUCAGAACCCAGAGAAGUUCUUCGCGAAACAGCUCAGGAUGAGGAAUGCUGACACCAGAGAGAUUCUCGUGCGAAUUAUAGUCACUCGCUCGGAAAAGGACAUCAAGGACAUAAACAGGGCUUUUACUGCUAAAACGGGGAGCUCUCUCGAGUCCCUUGUGAGAAGGGAAUUUAACGGUGUCAAAGAGAAGGGCAGUGAAACUGUGGCGGCCAUCUUACUUGAGCUCAUCAGGGGUUAAAAGGUUAAAAUGUAGAAUUUAUCUGGGUAAAUCUCGUAAGAAUAGUAAGGUCACUGGGAUUAAAAUGUGUCGAUGAAAAUUAGGACCCAGCUCCUGGACUUUUUCUUCAAUCGUUGUGGUAUUCAAUUUAGCUGGGAAGUAUUUGUAGGAAGUAUUUGUGUAAGUCUUGAUGUGGAAAUGAAUAAUGCAAAGACUAUGGGAUGUGUUAGAACAUACAGACUUCCUUAAUUCGAGAGUAGCUUUUUCUUCUUUUC